GCGGGCUGAACGAUCCCCGUGGGCGGGUGGGUGUAGCCGAGGAGUGCGCGUGCGCUCACGGUUCUCGUGACGUCCCGGUGCUGACCGACGGAGUGCUCUACUACACACCGAGAAGAAGUAGAGCGAGUGCGGCAGAACACCAGAGGGACGCUGGACGAGGAAGAAGUGGCCAGUCCCUUAAUAUAUUAAGACAAAACCUGGGAAAACGAGAGCUGCUUGUUUUUCUCCUCAGUCGGUGAAUGUGUUUGUAUUUGAAACAUGUCACUAUGACAACGUUUGGAUUUCACACAGAAGCCUUCUUCUUCUUCAUCUCAGUAACAGGCGCUGCUCGGUAACGUUAGAUAUCAUAGCCCCAGCAGUCGCGUAGGACUGUCAGUCGUCAAGCCUUGAAGAAACAGAAGCCGUAGAAGACCGUCAUGGAUCAGAGACUUGAUACAGUGAUCAGCUAGCGUCUUGUGCACACAUUCUUCAAGAUCAGAGGAGAAAGCGAAGACAGCGCACCUGGAGCAGGAUGGAUUUGAGCAGCAUCAGGAAGCUCAUCACUCGAUACUGUACAGGGGAGGAGAGCUGGGUGGACAGCAGGACAGUUUAUAUUGGACAGAAAGAGCCUCCACCAGGAACAGAAGCAUACAUUCCACAGAGAUUUCCUGACAACAGAAUUGUAUCCUCAAAGUAUACUUUCUGGAAUUUUAUACCGAAGAAUCUCUUUGAGCAGUUCAGAAGAAUCGCCAAUUUCUAUUUUCUGAUCAUCUUUCUAGUGCAGCUGAUCAUUGACACACCUACCAGUCCUACGACCAGCGGUCUGCCUCUUUUCUUUGUCAUCACUGUCACAGCCAUUAAACAGGGCUAUGAGGACUGGAUCAGGCACAAAGCGGACAAUGCUAUAAACCAAUGUCCAGUCCACGUCAUCCAGCAUGGCAAAGUCGUACGCAAACAGAGUCAAAAGCUACGGGUGGGUGAUAUUGUCCAGGUUAAAGAGAAUGAGACAUUUCCAUGUGACCUCAUACUGCUCUCCACCAGCAGAGAAGAUGGAACAUGUUUCGUCACCACAGCCAGCUUAGAUGGAGAGUCCAGCCAUAAGACCUAUUAUGCAGUUCAGGACACAAAGGCAUUCAACACAGCGGAGGAGGUGGACACACUACACGCUACGAUAGAAUGUGAACAACCCCAGCCAGACCUGUACAAAUUUGUGGGACGCAUCAAUAUUUAUUUGGAUCGAGAAGAGCCCAUCGCAAGACCCCUGGGUUCUGAGAACGUGCUGCUACGUGGAGCCACACUGAAAAACACAGAAUACGUACAUGCUGUGGCCAUCUAUACGGGCAUGGAAACCAAGAUGGCCCUCAACUACCAGUCCAAGUCUCAGAAACGCUCCGCUGUUGAAAAGUCUAUGAACGCCUACCUGAUUGUGUACCUCUGCAUUCUGAUCAGUAAAGCUCUGAUCAAUACUGUCCUGAAGUAUGCCUGGCAGGCCAACCCAAACCGAGAUGAGCCCUGGUACAACCAGAAAACUGAGACUGAGAGGCAACGGCAUGUAUUAAUCCGGGCAUUCACAGAUUUCCUCGCCUUCAUGGUUCUGUUCAACUACAUCAUUCCCGUGUCCAUGUACGUGACUGUGGAGAUGCAGAAGUUCCUUGGCUCGUACUUCAUCCUGUGGGACGAUGACAUGUUUGACGAGGAGCUCGGAGAGGGACCGCUCGUCAAUACCUCAGAUCUUAAUGAGGAACUUGGACAGGUAGAAUAUGUCUUCACAGACAAGACUGGCACUUUGACAGAAAAUAACAUGGAGUUGAGGGAGUGUUGUGUGGACGGGCAUGUUUAUGUGCCACAUGCCAUCUGUAACGGGCAGAUCUUACCUGGAGCUGCCGAAAUGGAUAUGAUCGACUCCUCUCCAGGCGUAGAUGGAAAGGAGCGAGAGGAGCUGUUUUUCCGUGCACUGUGCCUCUGUCACACAGUCCAGGUGAAGGAGGAGGAGACGGUGGAUGGCAUUAAGAGAGGAAUCCAUCAGGGCAAAUCCACCUCCUUCUACAUCUCCUCCUCUCCAGACGAGGUUGCACUGGUGGAGGGCAUGAAAAGGUUGGGCUUCACCUAUCUCCGUCUGAAGGACAGUCACAUGGAGAUCCUCAACAGAGAGGAUGAGAUGGAGAGAUUUGAGCUGUUGGAAGUGUUGAACUUUGAUUCAGUGAGGAGGAGAAUGAGUGUUAUCGUAAGAUCAAGCUCGGGAGAGUACUAUUUGUUCUGUAAAGGUGCGGAUUCUUCUGUUUUCCCACGGGUGGUUUCUGGAAAGGUGGAGCAGGUCAGAGCGCGAGUAGAGCACAACGCUGUGGAGGGCUUACGGACUCUUUGUGUUGCUUAUAAGAAGCUGACUCAUGAGGAGUAUGUGGAAACGUGCCAUCUCCUCAACAGAGCUAAACUAGCUUUGCAGGAUCGCGACAAGAAACUGGCUGAAGCUUAUGAUGUCAUUGAAAAGGAUUUCAUCCUGCUUGGAGCCACGGCUGUGGAAGAUAGGCUGCAGGAUAAAGCGGCCGACACCAUUGAGUCCCUGCACAAGGCUGGUAUGAAGGUUUGGGUCCUCACAGGGGACAAAAUGGAGACGGCAGCAGCCACAUGCUAUGCUAGCAAGUUGUUCCAUCGCAAUACACAAAUCCUGGAACUGACAACCAAGCGGACAGAGGAGCAGACUCUCCAUGACGUCCUGUUCGAUCUGAGCAGAACGGUCCUGAGACAGCAUGGCAGCAUGACCAGGGACACUUUCUCAGGGCUCUCAGGUGAUUACCAAGACUAUGGUCUGAUAAUCGAUGGGGCGACACUCUCAGCUGUUCUGAAGCCACCACAGGAAGGAACCAGCAGCGGAGGGAACUAUAAGGAGAUUUUCCUGGAAAUCUGCAGGAACUGCAGUGCUGUUCUCUGCUGCCGCAUGGCACCCUUACAAAAAGCACAGAUUGUUAAGAUGAUAAAAGCAUCAAAAGAACGCCCCAUCACACUGGCCAUCGGGGACGGAGCCAAUGACGUCAGCAUGAUUCUGGAAGCGCACGUGGGCAUAGGGAUCAUGGGUAAAGAGGGGCGUCAGGCGGCCCGUAACAGCGACUAUGCAAUUACCAAAUUCAAACACCUGAAGAAGAUGCUGCUGGUACACGGACACUACUACUACAUCAGGAUCGCUGAGCUGGUCCAGUACUUCUUCUAUAAGAAUGUGUGCUUCAUCUUCCCUCAGUUUCUCUAUCAGUUCUUCUGUGGCUUCUCUCAGCAGCCACUCUAUGACACGGCAUAUCUGACCCUGUACAAUAUCAGCUUCACCUCAUUACCCAUCCUCCUCUACAGUCUGAUGGAGCAGCACAUCAACAUGGACAUCCUCAAACGGGACCCUACUCUCUAUAGAGAUAUUGCCAAGAAUUCCCUCCUGAGAUGGCCCACCUUCAUCUACUGGACAUUUCUGGGGGUUUUUGAUGCCUUGGUCUUCUUCUUUGGUGCUUUCUUCCUUUUCGACAACACAACCUUCACCAGCAACGGACAGCUAAUGGCCACCAACACACAGAUGAUGUUUGGAAACUGGACCUUUGGAACACUGGUAUUCACCGUCCUGGUGUUCACGGUCACACUAAAGCUUGCCCUGGACACACAUUACUGGACGUGGAUCAACCACUUUGUCAUAUGGGGGUCACUGCUUUUCUAUGUCAUCUUCUCCCUCCUGUGGGGAGGCAUCAUUUGGCCUUUCCUGAACUAUCAGAGGAUGUACUAUGUGUUCAUGCAGAUGUUGUCCAGCGGUCCUGCAUGGCUCAGUAUCAUUCUGCUGAUUAUAGUCAGUCUUCUGCCUGAUGUGGUGAAGAAAGUGUUGUGUAGAGCUCUAUGGCCAACCACCACAGAGAGAAUACAGAAUGCCGAUAAGUUGUAUAAGGGCCACCUGUCCGAGUUCACCCCCCUGUCCUCCCACCAUGCUCCACCUGUGCGGAAACACGACAGACAAGGCAACGAAAACCCGAACCACACCCAUCGCAGGUCUGACUCCUCCCCUCCCAAAAAACUGAUGUGUACCUACUGGGGGGGCAGGUCUGACUACUGCACCUUCAGCUCCUUCCUCCGAGAAAACACAAGAUUUUCUGGGGCAGCUUACGCCUACAGCACACCGGGACCCGAGACGUCCGUAUGACAGUCUGGGGCCGUAUGAAAGAAAUAGUCUACUUAUCCAAUCAAAUUAGCCCUCAAUUAUUCCAGAGUCCAGAUUGGGACACAAUCUUGGCUUGUUACCCUUUAUCUGAAACAAAAGCACUGAAAGGCGUUCUUAUGCUAUACGCUAAUGGGCUGAGGAUGCUGUGUGUUAAUUUAGAAGCUGGAGGAAGGCCAAACUGAAUUGGCUGCACCAUUUGCGAGUGUGGCGUACUGUGCUUAGCGGCCUUGGGACCUAUUUACCUUGUUUUCUUUGUGUGUACAUUUAAAUGUGAGAGUGUGUUCCCUUUACACUGUGGGUUUAUGUGUUCGCUGACCUACCCUUGUAAAUCCUUCAUGUGAAAAGUGAGUUGAAACCUACACUGGGCAGUAGUUAGCACAAACCUUUCCAUCUCAAACACAACCCCUACCACUAUAUGUAAAUGUGGAUGACAGUUAAAAUGGUCUUGGAUGCUCUCAAAACUGACAGUUCCUGUUUUUUUUCUUCUUCUUUUCUGUGUUCUCUACUGUCUCCCUUUCCCUUUUUUUUGUUCUGUGCUCCUUCUCUUUUCUUGUGCUUCUUUAUUAUAGAACAAACUGGUGUUGCUUUUGUGCAAACCUGUUAUCGAGGAACACUCCAUAGCCUGCAAUUGUCUUUGUCCGAUUGCAUUGUAAGUGGCUAAAUUUGGCCAUUUUUGUUGCUGCACUGUACUAGAGCGAACUCGGUGUGUAUGUGCACGUGUGUGUGCGAGCGAGUGUGAAAGUAGGCCUUUGUUAGAACAACUACGAGAAGACAAAUUGUAACUGGACUGUCAUUAUGUUUCACCCUUUAAUUUUCUAAAAGGUGGGAAUUCACUCAUGUUCUACUUGUUCCAAAGUUUGUAAAACCAUUGACUUGUGUCAUUAUGACAACCAGUUACUCUUUCUUAGCUGCUUGACGGUUUGCUUUAAAAUUCUGUAGUUCCUUAUGUAUAAUCAGUCCUUUAGUUUUUUAGUGUAGAACCAGAUACAGAAUGCUAAAGGCUAAGCUAGCCAACUUAGCUACACUGUUCUGCCUUAAUGCAAACAUUUCCCAUCUUUUACACCACAGUUUGGAGCCAAAGGUUAUGAAAUACGGAGUAUUUUAAUGUGUGUUAGUUGCCUUAUGCUCAAAAAGAAAUAGAGGGAAAGUGUUUGAUGGCAUUAGAAGAACCCCACCACACUGCCUUAAGUUGACAUUGCACCAGCUGAGAGUGGAGGCUGAUAAAAGUAGUAUUCAACAUUGUCUAGUGCCACCAACACAGCCCAGGGUUCCUGAAGAUAAACCAAUGAAAUGUAACAGUUCAGUUGGUAUAAAAAUCUUUGUGCAGUUAACAAAAAGUACAAAUAACUUUCUCAUCUGCAUACUUUCAUGAUUGUAAUGUCCUAUUUGACUGUUCCCAAAGCCAUUUGUCUGUAUAAAUGUAACUGUUGGAGCCCUGUGCUGGGUUGCUAUCAUUUCUUUGCUGCAAAUUACUAAUUUAUGAUCUGACAUAAAUCAGAUUAAAUUAGCCUGUGAUACCGUUCACGAACAACUCAUUAAACCAACAGCCCAAUCAAAGUCAGCAUCACAGACGUCCUAUUUUGACCACUAUUCACAGAAAUGGCUCUUUUCUAGCUUUUAAAAAAUGAUUCACAGGAAAUGUGCCUCACACCUGUUAAAAAUGUCAUUCUCAUAAACAUUGUGAAGUGCAUUCAAUUCCAUCUCCGUUCUGUCAGAGAAUUCAAAUUCACAUCGAUUUGAUUCAAAUUUUGAGUGAACUGAAUGUGAAUACAAUUCAAUUUAAAUUCCAAAAAAAACUAUUACAAAUUAAAUUAACACCCGAUGACUUAUCUUUUUAAUGUAGCAUUCUUAUAAACAAAUAGAAAUACGUUAAUUUCUAUCUAUGUCCACGGAAUGAAUUCAAAUUCACACUGAUUUGAAUUGAGUGUGAAUGCAUUUAAGUUUAUAACAUUGGAACAGAUAUGGAACUAAACUAAACUAAAAAUCAGACCAUUUGAUCAUCAAAACUACAUCCGUUUGUCUGCAUGACUCUUUUUCAACUGUCCUUCACAUUCCAUGGCAUUUUUUUUUUUCUCAUUUUGUUUCUUCUCACAUUCAUUCGGGUUGCUUUCCUGUAGCAUCGUCUCUUCAUCUCCACUUCUUUCCUUGCAUGUGUGUCCUUCGCUCACCCUGUCAUUCAGUUCUCGUGAUGAGGCCAGUCACCCAUUUCACCAUUUUAACCAUCAUCCAUGACAGAGAGAGAAAGCAGGUGAUGUCAAAGACUAUCAAGACCACUGUUUUGAUGGUUAUCCAAGCUUCUUGUGGGUAGGUGCCUUCUGGUGCUUUUUAACCUCAAUGUAUGUUCAUGCGUUCAGUUCAGUGAAGCGCACACAUACAUGUGUUUUCAUUGCCCGUCAGUCGGCCUGCAACGGAGAAUGUCAGAUUGAAAAAUGGCUUUAUGGGUAUAGAUAGUUUGUUAAAAGGUUUAAGGUGAUUUUGGGGGGUUAAUGUUGAUGAAAUGUCACAGAAUAGUAAAAACAGAAUGUCCUUUUUCAUGCACACAUUAUAUCUAUAUAGAGAAUAUAUUGAUGAGUAUAUUGAUGUCAAGGUUUACAAAGGCUGAGUGGAUGAAUGAAUGACAUAAUUACCUAACAUGUCGACUGAAUAACUUUGUUUCUGGUCCAAAAGUGUAUUAUUUUAUUUGUAUGAAUGUCAAAUCUGUCAAAUACUGUCUAUUUUAUUGUUUAUCGAGGUCUGAACUUUGCAUGCCGUGUGAUGCCGUAGGACCAACCACUGAGCUUUAUCAAGCAUUUGAGUCAUAUUUUCAUUUAUGAAAAACACUUUAAUAAUUUUGGUUCACAUUUUCAGUCUAGUCCCAAGUGAUUCACAUCUACGAUGACGAGUACUAAUCAAUGCUGGCAAAUCUGAAACAAAACAAGAAUGUGCUUAUACGUAGAUUCUCAAAUUAUGAUUUUUAAGUAGCCUAGAUGAAUAUAAUAGGAGUAAACUAGUUCAUUUCAUGUUUUUUUUACUGUUAUUUUUAUUUUUGUUUUGCAUUCUACUGUAUUUCCUGUUUUUGUUAACUUUUACAGUUCUUUCUGGCUUCCUGAAUGUAACGAAAAAGAAAAAAGGCGCUAUUGUGCACUAGACAAAAAUCGCAUAGCGUUAAUUGGAUAGCCGUGAAUGACAAGUACAAACUACCAUAGCUAAAAUAAGGUGGUUCUAGAACAAAUGUCCCUUCACAAAUGUGUUUUCUUCUUGUUUCUAACAAACUGUUGUUUUAAAUCAGAACUAUUGUUUUUGUAAUGUAGGAAUAAUUUGAUAACUGAACGCUAUCUGCCUCAGGGGUGCGUUCAGGCACUGGCAAACACUGUAUUCUGUCUGUCUAAAAAGGCUAUAUGAAAUAGGUAUUUUGUAUAUCUUGUGAAAAAAAAAAUCUUUUUUGCUACUUUUGUAUCUAGAGGAUGAAGAGAUCUACUUACAGUUACAGAGUUAGAAUGUUACUGUUCAGUUCUAAAACAACCAAAUGUAAGGUCAUGGGAGAAGUCCACUUCAGUAAAGAUGAAAAUGUAAAAAAAAUUGCUUUAACAGACUGUUUUUUUGUUUGUUUGUUUUUUUGAUGAUUUUAAAUAUGUUUGAGUUAGUUUUUAAAAUGAUGCAUGGUCAUUGCUCACACUGACUGAAGGAAAUACGCUCACUUGGUUUUAAAGCAGGUGUGACCAAAUAUCUGAUUAGAUGUCUACUGCUAUAACUGAAGGCUUUAUUGCCUGUAGUGGGGCUUCAUCUGUGCCAGCCUAUUCAGAUUAACUAAAUAUCUAAAGCUUUUAUUGUUUUAUCUGCACAAAGUGUGAUGUUGCUCAUAAAUUUAUUAUAUAAACAGUAUAUAUGUAUACUACUGUACACUUUACAGCAUAUACGUAUGUAGUAAUAUUCAUGUACAGUUUGGGCUCCUUUUGUAUAAAGUUUUUAAAAGGUUGAUAAAGUAUCUGUAGAUAUGUGAAUUUUUGCCCGUUUUUUUUUUUUCUGUAGCUAUUAACGGCAAGAAAAAGUAAACAUGCUUGUAAUAAAGAAAGAGAUUUAAAUGUUUGAAA